CAGGGGGUAAGAUCCAAUUUGCACUUGUGUUCUCAUACUUAUGACUUUUAAAGGGAUUUUGUACUUUUACCGGAAUCACACUUAUUGUAUUAUGUACUAGUGAAGUUUUUAUUAUUAGAGGUUCUUAACAGUUUUAUUGACACUCCGAUUUUUCCCGAUAUUCUUCAUGUAACUUGUCUCGAUAUAAGAUGUGGUUAAAAAAAUUGUAUAAUGCACUUGUAUAAUAUGAAACCAUCUGAUUCUUUCUGAAGCAUUUCAACUUCUGAAAUAUAGUAUUGCAGAUUCGAUUCAUUGUAGAAUUUAACUUAAUUCAAAUGUACUUCAAGUACCUACCAUGGACGUGGUUCAUAACUUGGGUGAAACUCUAUUUUAUAGACGACUUUGAACGUACGUUUAAGUGACCUUGAGAACAUUAGCCAAUCAGAAGAGAGUUGGUAUAGAGUAAAAAUAUAUUAUGAAAAACUGAUGAAUUACAAUGGAUAUUCUUCUUUCACAUGAUUUAGGAACUUGUUAAGGUUUGAUAAAGGUUCAGAAGUUCUGAAAUCAUAAUGCAUGCGGUAUAGGAACUCGUCCAUAUGGCUCCAUAUUAAUCGUCCUCUGGAACCGUGGUAGGGUCUUAAAAAUACUUCAGCCUAGACAUCCUAAACAUCCUUUACAGGGUACUUCAGGUGCAUUGGAUUACCGAUAAUAACCAAAUUAUUGAGAUAUGUUUUUACGUUUAAAGGUCUUGCCUUUGGUAGCUACAGCUCACGUAACGUACUAUAACGACCACCCAAGGUUCCUUUGCACUGUAAGAUGGCGGUUGAUCUCCUGUCAUGUUCCGUGUGAGCUACAGUUCCUUAUAGGAAGCCAAGUAGCAUUACCUGCAUCACAAUACAGAGAUUGGGUAAGCGAACUUGGUGUAUGCUAUCAAGUUAUUAUUGCGACUGCUACUCUUUCCAUACUCUUGGUUUAAAACUCAUGAAUUUACAGAGGGCCAUCUGCCGCAAAUUCUAAUUAGGCAAGUGACUUUCACAAGACUUUUCCUGACCAAAAAAGCGAAAGUUAGUGUGCAGAAGUGUGUUAAUGCCAAACGACUUCUAUGCAUUCCGUCCUCCUAGAAGCUCUCUCUAUUCACAUGUUUUAAUCUCAACGGAUUAAAAUUUCAUUUCAACCAAAAUAAGAGUAAGCACUUGUAAGUCGUACGAAUAUCUCUUCCCGAGAUGUGUCGCUUCCUAAUGUAUACCUUUCGUACUGUGUCGAAGGAUGUAUAAAUGUUGGCGUAUUAGUAAGCGUAAACAACUCAAGUAUGAUUCCUAACGCCCGAGAAAAUAGCUUUUCUCCGCAAAGUAUGGGCCACCCCCAGAAAUAACUAGCGAAGUGACCUAGCAGAUAUAUAUUAAGUUUCUGCCCACUUUUUCUACAUUAUAUAUUUAUGCUUUAAUCUCAUACUGUGAAAUGCAAGCAUUAAAGAUAGGGGCAGGUUAAAACCUGGUUGAUCGUACAUUGUUGUGCUUAUGUGCAUGGUUAUUUUGCCAUACAGGGGUCAUUUACGAUAUGAUCGUCGGACCGCCAAGUAUGGGGACGGAAACGGACUCCAGGGGCAAUCAAAAACCGGUAGCUAUCAUGGCCUGGCGCCUAAACAGUCAAUACAUACUUGAAGGACUUGCAGCCAGUUUUAUGUUUGUUAUGGGGAGUUUCGGAUUCAUCGUAAUGGAUAAAGUCAAUGAGGCCAAGGUCACGAAGUUAAACCGUAUUUUACUGAUGGCACUAGGAAUCGGAUGCAUCUUCGUAUCGUUGCUGACCUUGCGGAUUUUUAUCAGUACUAAAUUACCGUCCUACAUGCGGUGA